GCAGGAAUGUCGCCAACUGCCAAUUGCGUUCUGUCGCAUUUUCUGUGGCUUCUCUGCGCGGGAUUCCCCAGCCUGCAUGGAGCCGAUCUCUGCCAGCCCAUCGGCUGGCGGAACUUCCAGUGCAACGAGGUCGCUUCUCUGCAGGAUCUGGUCGAAUUGGGCGCCGAAAACUGGCACACGCUCUUCAUACGGAAUGUGCAAACCGAACUGGAGGUGGGAUCAGGCGAAAAUGCCGAUCACUUGGCCAACUUACAAGAUCUGGAUCUGACUGGCGCGGCUCCAAUAAAUGUGCAUACCAGUGGCUUUGCCAUUCUUCCCAAUCUGCGCCAACUGAAUCUCAGUGGUUGCGGCCUGGUUGACAUCCGGGGAAACCACUUUGCGGCUGAGUCAGCGCUGCAGCGGAUCGAUUUUAGUCACAAUCAAAUGGAGCUACUGGACCGCGACUUUUUUGGCCACCUGAGGAAGUUGAUUUAUGCGAACUUCUCGCACAAUGCGCUCAAGCAAUGCGAUCUGCCGCACAUGCCACUGCUAAAUCGACUGGAAUUGGGGCACAAUCGCUUGGUAAAUGCCACUUUCGGAGUUUGUCCACAGCUGCAGGAGUUGAUUUUGAAUGACAACCAACUGGCACAGCUGGACGUAAACGCCUUUCGUGGACUGCAUGGUCUGUUGGAGCUGCAGCUCAGCGGGAAUAGAUUGAGCUCCAUUGGCCUGGAAACCUUUCAGCCGCUCGCCCAGCUGCGAAAUUUGAACCUUUCCCGGAACGCCCUCGAUGCACUGCGUCCAAAUGUGUUUGGCGCUGUUCAGAACUUUGUGUUGCAUUUGCAGCAACUGGAUUUGUCUGGGAAUCGCAUUCGCCUGCUGUUCGACAACCAGUUCCGAGUGCUGGCCAGGCUCCAGAUGCUGGAUGUGUCCAGGAACAGCAUCGCCAGCCUCAGUCCCGGCCACUUUGUGGGCUUGGGCGCACUGCGGAAGCUGUAUCUGCAGUACAAUGCCAUUCUGGAAAUCAAGGCGGCUACCUUUGCCGCCCUGCUGAACCUGGACACCUUGGAUCUGUCGUACAAUAACCUGGAGUUCCUGGAGGAGCAGAUCUUUGGCAGCAACACUCUGCCUCGCAUGCGAAGGCUCAACUUGAAUGGCAAUCGUAUGAAGCAGCUGCAUCCAUUGGCCUUCUCAUCGUUGCCAUUCUUGGAAUACCUGAAACUGGGUCACAACGAACUGAAGUCCUUGGAUGUGCGAAUGUUUGCGCCCAUGCGACGUCUGCAGAAGCUCCAUUUGGGACACAAUCUCCUCGAGGAGAUCAAUCUCGAUGUGCUGGAGAGCCUAAGUAGCGUGCAGGAGAUCCUGGUGGACAACAAUCGCCUGACCUUUCUGUCCAAGGUGAAUGUGAGCUUCCCAAACCUUAAGCGCGUGUCCAUCGAGGGCAAUCCCUGGCAGUGUCCCUGCUUCGUGAAGCUCCAACUCUGGCUGGCCACCAGGGAUGUGGUCUAUCUGCGCGAUAACACGGGUUACUACAAGGGCGAACGACCGCUUUGCAUAGUGACCAAUGUGGAUUACUGCAUCCAGAAUUUGCAGGCGGUGCGCCGACUGGGAAUUUUGGGCGACUUCCAGGGAGAACAGGUGGAGGCGGAUGCUUUCGACGACGAUGCCAGCGCAGCACAAGACUGAUAGGUGUAUGAUUGCUACCUUCUACUCGUACUUGUAAUCAAAACUUAAACUUAGAUGUAAAAUUGUGCCAAAUUGCGAAAAGCCUAAAAGAUACCGACUAUUUUAUCAUUCCACUUUGUUUGCCCUAAGAUAUGCUACAACUAAAAAACACUUCUAUUCAUGAUGAUGCCAAAUUGGACCACAAAAAACGCUCUUAAGUUUAAAAUUUUAAAUAUAUCGCAAAAUUGCAAAAUAAGAUCUUUUCAGACACAGACAUUUUGAAGAUAUAUAAGAUCGAUCGAUUAUCAUCUUUCGGGCAUAUUCAUGAUUCCAGCGACUCGAAUGGGUUUUAAUUUAAAAUUAAACAACUAAAACUCAAACUUUUCCAUGCACAUGAAUCUGAAGGUGAUGAGCUGGAGGAGUCGCAACAGGAGCGUCAAAAGGAAGGCGUCCUCAUGACCGGGAACAUUUAAUGUAUAUAUAUAGACAUAUUUACAUUUAUUUAUAGAUAUAUAUGUAUAGGGUGUUUUUUUUAGAGGUAUAGAACUUUAAAUUGCAAUAAAACAACGAUGGAUUAUU